AUGUGUCUCUCUCUAUCUUCUUUAUGUGUCUCUCUCUAUCUUCUUUAUGUGUCUCUCUCUAUCUUCUUUAUGUGUCUCUCUCUAUCUUCUUUAUGUGUCUCUCUCUAUCUUCUUUAUGUGUCUCUCUCUAUCUUCUUUAUGUGUCUCUCUCUAUCUUCUUUAUGUGUCUCUCUCAUUCUCUCUACCGCCGCAGGCGGUGUCUUUUUUCUUUAUUCUCGCCUUUUUUCUUUCUCUUUUUCUUUCUCUUUCUUCUCUUUUUCUUUUUCUUUUCUUUUCUUUUUCUUUUCUUUUCUUUUCUUUCUUUUUCUUUCUCUUUUCUUUCUCUUUUUUUCUCUUUUCUUUCUUUUUCUUUCUCUUUUCUUUCUCUUUUUCUUUCUCUUUUUCUUUCUCUUUUUCUUUCUCUUUUCUUUCUCUUUUUCUUUCUCUUUUCUUUCUCUUUUCUUUCUCUUUUUCUUUCUCUUUUCUUUCUCUUUUCUUUCUCUUUUCUUUCUCUUUUUUUCUUUCUCUUUUCUUUCUCUUUUCUUUCUCUUUUUUUCUCUUUUCUUUCUCUUUUUCUUUUUUUCUUUUCUUUUUCUUUCUCUUUUUCUUUCUCUUUUUCUUUCUCUUUCUUUUCUCUUUUUCUUUCUCUUUUCUUUCUUUUUCUUUCUUUUCUUUCUCUUUUUCUUUCUCUUUUCUUUCUCUUUUUCUUUCUCUCUUUUUCUUUCUCUUUUCUUUCUCUUUUCUUUCUCUUUCUGUCUCUUUUCUUUCUCUUUUUCUUUCUCUUUUCUUUCUCUUUUCUUUCUCUUUUCUUUCUCUUUUUCUUUCUCUUUUUCUUUCUCUUUUUCUUUCUCUUUUUCUUUCUCUUUUCUUUCUCUUUUCUUUCUCUUUUCUUUCUCUUUUCUUUCUCUUUUCUUUGUCUUUUCUUUGUCUUUUCUUUCUCUUUGUCUUUUCUUUGUCUUUUCUUUCUCUUUGUCUUUCUCUUUCUUUCUCUUUUUCUUUCUCUUUUUCUUUCUCUUUUUCUUUCUCUUUUCUUUCUUUUUUUUCUUUUUCUUUCUUUUUUCUUUCUCUUUUCUUUCUUUUUUCUUUCUCUUUUUCUUUCUUUUCUUUCUCUUUUCUUUCUCUUUUCUUUCUCUUUUCUUUUUCUCUUUUCUUUUUCUCUUUUUUCUUUCUCUUUUUCUUUCUCUUUUCUUUUCUCUUUUCUUUCUCUUUCUUUUCUCUUUUCUUUUUCUUUUCUUUCUCUUUUUUCUUUCUCUUUUCUUUUCUCUUUUUCUUUCUCUUUUUUCUCUUUCUCUUUUCUUUCUCUUUUUUCUCUUUCUCUUUUCUUUCUCUUUUUUCUCUUUCUCUUUUCUUUCUCUUUUUUCUCUUUUCUUUCUCUUUUUUCUCUUUUCUUUCUCUUUUCUUUCUCUUUUCUUUCUCUCUUUCUUUCUCUCUUUCUUUCUCUCUUUCUUUCUCUCUUUCUUUCUCUUUUCUUUUCUUUUUUCUCUUUUUUUCUUCUUUCUUUUCUCUUUUCUUUCUCUUUUCUUUCUCUUUUUCUUUCUCUUUUCUUUCUCUUUUCUUUCUUUUUUCUUUCUCUUUUCUUUCUCUUUUUCUUUCUCUUUUCUUUCUCUUUUCUUUCUCUUUUUCUUUCUCUUUUCUUUCUCUUUUUUCUUUCUCUUUUCUUUCUCUUUUCUUUCUCUUUUUCUUUCUCUUUUUCUUUCUCUUUUUCUUUCUCUUUUUCUUUCUCUUUUUCUUUCUCUUUUUCUUAAUCGAAUUUACCCCAACCCAGGCAGUUAUAUUUUUUUCUCUUUUUUUCUCCCCUCCCUUCUCUCUCUCUCUCUCUCUCUCUCUCUGUCUUCUCUUUUUCUAUUUUCGUUCUUUUUCUUCUAUUUUCUUCUCUCUCUUUUCUUUUCGUUUUUUUCGCUUCUCUCUUUUCGUUUUUUUCGCUUCUCUCUUUUCGUUUUUUUCGCUUCUCUCUUUUCUUUUUUUUCGCUUCUCUCUCUUCUUCUUUUCUCUUCUCUCUCUUUUCGCUUCUCUCUCUCUUUUCGCUUCUCUCUCUCUUUUCGCUUCUCUCUCUCUUUUUUCUCUUCUCUCUCUUCUUUUUCUUCUCUCUCUUUUUCUUCUCUUUCUCUCUCUCUUCUCUUCUUUCUCUCUUUCUUUUCUUCUCUCUCUCUUUUCUCUUUUCUCUUCUCUUUCUCUUUCUUUUCUCUUCUCUUCUUUUCUCUUCUCUCUCUUCUCUUCUCUCUCUUUUCUCUUUUCUCCUCUCUCUUCUCUCUUUUCUCUUCUCUUCUCUCUUCUCUCUUUUCUCUUCUUUUCUCAUCUCUUCUCUCUUUUCUCUUCUUUUCUCUUCUCUCUCUUUUCUCUCUUCUCUCUUUUCUCUUCUCUCUUCUCUUUUCUUCUCUUCUCUCUUUUCUCUCUUCUCUCUUUUCUCUCUCUCUCUUUCUCUCUCUCUCUUCUCUUCUCUUCUCUUCUCUCUUCUCUUCUUUUCUCUCUUCUCUUUUCUCUUCUUUCUCAUCUCUUCUCUUUUCUCUCUUCUCUCUCUUCUCUCUUCUCUCUUCUCUCUCUUUUCUCUUCUCUCUCUCUUUUCUCUUCUCUCUUCUCUCUUUCUCUUUUCUCUCUUCUUCUUUCUCUUUUCUUUUCUUUCAUUUUGUCUUUUCUUCUUUUCUUCUCCUCUUAAUUGAAUUUACCCCUAACAAGGCAUCCUAUGUAUUUCUCUCUCUCUCAUAUAAGUUCCUUUUUACCUCUUUCUCAGAAGCACGCUCUCAAAUUCAUUCUCUCUCACUCACUCACACACAUAAAUUCUCUUUUUCACGCUCUCCAUUUCAGUCCUUUCUUUUUCUUGUUCUCUCUCUCUCUCUCUCUCUCUCUUUCUCUUAUAUUAAAGUUCUUGCUGUCUUUCUCGUACACACCCACCCAACAAUUAUUUCUCUCCCUUGGUUCUUCACGUUCUCUUUUAAUCACACAGGCGCAUAUGUAGAUCCACCUGUGGCCCCAAAUAUUUUACAACGAUUUAUCUUUUCACUUAUACUUUGGCACGAAGUGUCUGACACACGGCUAUGA